AUGGCACAAUUACUCAACAAAAACCUAGAAUACCACGGCCCUGAAGUCAAACGGAAAUCCACGCCAUGGAGGAAUUUAGUAGUGGGCGCGGCAAUGAAUAUUUUCCAAGGUAACAUCCCAAACUCUGGUAUCCUCUUAGUAGAGCCCGUCGGGUUGCUGACAUCUGGAAAAGUUAGCACUCUUGGACAGCCGAUGGAGGUAGUGAAAACCCACGUUGCCGCGCAUAGAGAAGAUAGUCUUCGGGAUGCUAUCCGAAAAACGUGGCGGCGAGGUGGCCUUUUUGGGUUUUACCAAGGGCUAAUGCCAUGGGCGUUAAUUGAGGCGUCCACUAAAGGUGCUAUCUUGAUUCUAACUUCCACGGAAGUAGAAUAUUAUGCCAGAACGCAAUUCGACGUAUCGAAAACAGUAGCAGGAUUCCUUGGAGGCACCGCCGGUGGAGCUGCUCAAGCUUACUUGACCAUGGGUAUGACAACAUGUAUGAAAACUGUCGAAGUGACAAGAGCGAAGAAUAUGCAGGGCGGUCAGCAGGUACCCAGAACUAUGGCUACGUUCUUCAAUAUUAUAAGAACAAAAGGCAUUAGGGGUGUCAAUAAAGGCGUCAAUGCGGUUGCCCUUCGCCAGAUUACAGGGUGGUCAUCCCGUAUUGGCAUCUCUAGGAUGGCUGAAGGUUGGAUUAGAUCAGUUACUGGGAAGUCGAAGGAGCAAAAGCUUGGAAUAGGAGAAAAGGUGGCGGCAUCUACUAUUGGCGGUGCUCUUAGUUGCUGGAAUCAACCCUUCGAGGUGCUCAGGGUUGAAAUGCAAUCAUUAAAGGCUGACCCGACAAGACCCGCGUCUCCGACGAUGGUAUCAACUUUUAAGCAUAUAGUAAAGGAAUCAGGACCGCAAGGACUAUUCCGUGGCGUCGUUCCACGGAUAGGGGUAGCUUCCUGGGCAACCAUUUGUAUGGUGGGCUUUGGUGAUAGGGCUAAGGAGUUUGCGAGGAAACUGUAG